ACAUUCUUCAUGGAUAGAGUGAGUUUUUGCUCCACUCAACCUAAACCCCAUCCAUUGCCAUCCCCUGUUUCAAACCCAUUGCCAUCCAUAGACUGGGCUUUGGAUUCCUAGCAAUUCCGUUCCCCCCUGCAUCCGCGCCCGCCUGCUCCUCGUCCUCCCUCCACCCGUCUCCUAUUCCCUUCCUCCCGCCGCAGCAGCGAGAGCAGAGAGCAGAGCGGAACGAGCAAAUCUUGGGGGGGGGGGGGGGGUGUCGCACCCGCUCUCCCCGUGCUGCUGGUGGAUUCGUUCAAGGCGGGGGCCGCCUGCCUGCCCGCCCGCUUUUCCGUACCCUGGUCCCCGGUUGGGUUGGGUUGGAUUUGGUUGCGAGGUGUUGUUGGGGGUGGGCGCUCGGGUGGCGGAGUGGUUACUUCCCCGCUUGGCCUCUUGCUGCGCCCCGCUGGGCCGUGUCGUGCCAUUAAAGCCGGCGCCUUUGGUUUCUCUCUCCACCUCUCUCUAUCCGCCCCCGCCCCGGCUCUCUCUCUAGCUGCAGAUUGGUGCCUCACCCCUAGCGGUCGGUGGUUGGGGCCGGGUUCCGACGGCUGCUCGGGAGCUCGACUGGGGCUUGGAAGUCCAAAGCCGCCGCCUCCUCGUGGCGCGCCGCUCCGGAAUUCUUGCCUUCUUGGGCUCCGAAUCUCGCCGCCCGGUGUUUGAUUUGCGGCGUUCCUAGCGAAUUCGGGGCUGAUUUGCCCCCCUAUGGCGAGGAUUUGAGUGGACUCGAGAGGAACAAGUAGAGGGGAGUCCUGAUUUGGGCCCCUGCCGUGGUAUGUGCCAUGAGGAAGCUCUUCUUCUCCGAGUCGGCCUGCAAGGAGACCAAGCUCCACUGCGCGCCCCACUCAUGGCUGCCCCUCGAGAGGGGGAAGCUCUCCAAGUUCUCCGGCCAUGCCGCCGCCGGCUCCUCCAUGUACCAAUAUUGAUUUGGCUAUGCAAAAUUGGCGGAUUGAGAUGUUCAUCCUCUUUUGUCUGUGUCGCAGAGAGGCAUUGAUGAAGAUGCCGGAGCCGGCAGUGCUUCCGUACUUCAAGCCCGCGAACUAUGUCGACAUACUGGCUCAGAUACACGAGGAGCUGGAGUCCUGCCCUCCUGACGAGAAGUCCUGCCUGUACCUGCUCCAGUUCCAGGUCUUCCGCGGCCUUGGGGAGGCCAAGCUGUCACGGAGGAGCCUCCAGUCUGCGUGGGAGAAGGCGAGCACCAUACACGAGAAGCUCAUCUUUGGGGCGUGGCUCAAGUACGAGAAGAAAGGGGAGGAGGCAAUCUCCGACCUGCUCAGCUCGUGCUGCAAGUGCUCACAGGAGUUCAGGCUGCUGGAUUUUGUGUCGCAAGUCUCCACUGGGUCACACAUGAUGAACUAUGAUGAUGAUGAUGAUGAGUCUGAUGAGUUUCGGGGUUCUGCGGUGGUUCAUUUCCGGAUAAGAGAUGAUAUGAUUGCAUGCGAUCGACGGAAACUUGCAGCUCUGUCAACUCCACUGUAUGCAAUGCUUAACGGUGGAUUUAGGGAAUCCUAUCUGGAGGUCAUUGACAUGUCUAGAAAUGGUAUCUCCCCUAUUGGCAUGAGGGCAAUCAGUAAAUUCAGCCUAUCAGGAAGACUACCUUAUUUGUCAGCAGAUGCUAUCUUGGAGAUGCUUGAUUUUGCCAAUAAGUUUUGCUGCAAGGGCCUCAAGGAUGCCUGUGAGCGAAAGCUUGCUUCUUUCAUCUCUUCAAGGCAAGAUGCUAUAGAUUUCAUGGAGUGUGCUCUUGAGCUGGGCUGUUCCAUUCUUGCUGCUUCAUGCUUACAAGUGCUCUUGAAUGAGCUUCCAGAGUGCUUGAAUGAUGAACAAGUGGUUAGGAUAUUCUCCUCUGCAAAUAAGGCACAGAGAUUGACAAUGGUUGGCAAUGCAUCUUUCUCCCUAUAUUGCCUUCUCAGUGAAGUCUCCGUGAGUACCAACCCAACAUCGGAUGUCACUGUGAGUUUCUUGGAAAAACUGGUAGAGUCGGCAUCAGAUUCUAGGCAGAAGCAGCUGGCCUUACAUCAGCUGGCAUGCACCAGAUUUUUAAGGAAAGAUUACCCUGAAUCUGAGUGCUUGUUCAAUGCUGCCUUUUCUGCUGGCCAUCUUUAUUCGUUAGUGGGUUUGGCUAGAUUGGCCUCUCUGAGGGGUAAUAAGCAUUUUGCUCUCAAGUUGCUAGACUCUGUGAUGUCAUCUCGGUGGCCUCUUGGAUGGAUGUAUCAAGAGAGAGCACUCUAUUUGGAUGGUGAUAACAAGUUAGAAAAUCUUAACAAGGCUACUGAGUUGGACCCUACCCUUACAUAUCCCUAUAUGUUUCGAGCUGCAUCUUUGAUGAAAAGGCAAAGUGUUGAAGCUGCAUUGAUGGAGAUAAACCGGAUCCUUGGAUUUAAACUGGUGCUGGAGUGCUUAGAACUAAGGUUCUGUUGCUACCUUGCCCUUGAGGAUUAUAGGGCUGCCUUAUGUGACGUGCAGGCAAUCCUCACUCUUGCCCCAGAUUAUCGUAUGAUUGGUGGCCGGGUUGCUGCCAAGCAGCUGCGAAUGCUAGUGCUAGAGAAUGUAGAGCAGUGGACACCUGCUGACUGUUGGAUGCAACUUUAUGAUCGCUGGUCGUCUGUGGAUGAUAUAGGGUCCCUCUCUGUUAUAUAUCAAAUGCUGGAGUCAGAGACUGCCAAAGGAGUUUUGUACUUUAGACAAUCUUUGCUUCUUCUCAGAUUAAACUGUCCUGAGGCGGCAAUGAGGAGUUUGCAGCUUGCUCGUGAGCAUGCUGCAAGUGAUCAUGAAAGGCUUGUCUAUGAAGGAUGGAUAUUGUAUGAUACUGGCCACUGCGAGGAAGGACUGCAGAAAGCGGAAGCAUCAAUUGCAAUACAACGGUCAUUUGAGGCAUUUUUUCUGAAAGCUUAUGCUUUGGCUGAUUCGAGUCUUGAUCCUUCGACCACAGCAACAGUUGUAUCACUUCUAGAAGAUGCAUUGCGGUGUCCCUCAGAUAGACUUCGGAAGGGUCAAGCUCUAAACAACCUUGGAAGUGUUUAUGUGGAUUGUGGGAAGCUUGACCUGGCAGCUGAAUGCUACAUUAACGCCCUAAAGAUCGGCCACACCAGAGCGCACCAAGGCCUUGCGAGGGUUCAUUUCCUUCGGAACAACAGAGUCGGUGCGUAUGAUGAAAUGACCAAGCUGAUAGAGAAGGCCAGGAACAACGCGUCGGCAUACGAGAAGAGAUCUGAGUACUGCGAGCGGGAGCUGACGAAAACGGACUUGCAGAUGGUCACCAAACUCGACCCUCUGCGAGUCUACCCCUACAGAUACCGUGCUGCUGUGCUGAUGGACAACCACAAGGAGAAAGAGGCCGUCGCGGAGCUGACCAGGGCGAUCGCCUUCAAGGCGGACCUGAACCUGCUCCACCUGCGCGCGGCCUUCCACGAGCACAUCGGCGACAUCUCGAGCGCCCUCCGGGACUGCCGCGCGGCCCUCCUGGUGGACCCCAACCACCAGGAGAUGCUGGAGCUGCACCACCGGGUGAACAGCCAGGAACCAUGAGCGGAGCGCCGCCAUGGUGUACAUACAGGACGUGAUAGGAAGCCCCUCAUAGCCAACCCCCCGCCAUACCAGUGUAUGUUUUGUACCAUACACAGCAUGUCAAUGUAAGGAUAGUAGAAAAGCCACUUUAGGUCCCUCCCUGGCUCCCUCCCCUUGCAAACCAAACACCUACAUUCCUUGUGUGCCUAGUUAGAUAUGUUGUUUGCCAUAUAGCCUUUCCCUUAGUAAAUUAUUGUUGUCGACUGUGAUUAAGCCUCCUAAUUGUACCCGCCACGUGGCCCGUGCUGCCAGAAUCAAGAAGUUUUGACUGUACCUUCUGUAUGUAAAUGCAAUGGGGGAAAAAUGAUGAAUGGAAGCUUUUGUCAAGCCUGCAGGCAACUUGCUGGCCACUGAA